CAUAAUCAAUUCUGAGCGCUUAACCUCAUUCAAUCUGUAACCAUAAUCAAAAUGAUACGAACGGAUUGCAGCAGGAAGUCAUUUGCUGUUAUUAAUAUAUUCAAUAGAUUUUUGAGUUCGAAUGCUUCACUGAAUAUAGAAAAACUUGAAAAAGAGGGUACAAACGUAGAUGUGCUCGAGGAAGAUGCAGUAUUACAAGAAGAACGAAUACAAGCAAGUAGGAAUAAGUCCCGUCUAUAUGAUAACCAUAGGAACAUCGUACUAGAUCGAAAUCCAUUUCCUGAAUCUAAACAAUGGUUUCAUGAUAGUCUGGUUUAUAAAAGGAAAUUGUUUGGAAGGUACGGUUUCGCUAGUGGUGUUGAUCCAGCAAUAUGUUGGCCUACUGAAAAGGAACUUAAUGAAUCCUUAGAAUAUGAGAAAGUUGCUUAUCCUUUUACUAUUCCUGAGAUGAUAAAUACUGCUAAAGAAAAAAAAAUGGCUAAGGAUGAGGAAACAAGAAAACGCCAAGAAGAUAUGAUGAUUAAACUAUCCAAAUUAGAAGGAUGGAAAAGAGAUUUAGAAAUGAGAAUAGCAAAGAAAGAGGCUGAGGCUGAUGCAACUAGAUUGAAAAGAGAGCGUUUAAUUGAAGAAGUUAGAAAACAUUUUGGAUAUAAAGUUGAUCCUAAAGAUGAGAAAUUCAAAGAGUUGCUUGAGAAAAAGGAAAAGGAACAAAAGAAACUGGCUAAGGAAGCUAGGAAGAAGGAACGGGAGGCAAAAUUGUUAGAAAAACUGAAAAGAAAGAAUACUGAACAAAAAAGUGACGAUAUAGUAAAAAAUGAAGAAAAAACGUCUUAACAAGUUAUGAAAGCUUCCAAUAUCAUGAUAAUAAAAUCUUAUCUAACUUUCAUAUGAAAUUCAGUAAAAUUAUGUAUCAAAAUGGACAGAGGAAUAAAAUUUGAUAAUAUUAACAA